AUGACAUUCAAAGACAUCACUCUCUACUCCUCUAGCCGACGUCAAGUCUUAAGGUCACUCCGUACGACGUUCCAGUCCGACAGAGCUGCCAAGCUAUGCUCCUAUCCUAAUCAACGGAAGGCUAUUGAAUGCGCCGCAGCCUCCAAAGCCAGUUAUCACUUCUUCCGGGAAGGAAAAUUCACCCGCUUCGCUGACUGGCGUUUCAUUCACCGCGCUAGGCUAAACCUCGUUCCCCUUAAUGCUGCCCGCCGCCAGGAUAAUGGAAUGAGAGGAUGUCGUCGCUGCUCCUUCUCCUUGGAAACCCUCGCCCACGUAGUAUGCCACUGCAUGCGCUACAGCCGUGCCUUCACGUCAAGACAUAACACCAUCGUGGAAAGAAUCAAGAAAGCCGCUUCUCCUAGAUGGACUAUCGAUGCAGAGAAUCAGACGCUCUCCAAUCUCAAUCUUAGGCCCGACCUCCUCCUCACUAAAGGAAGAUCCGCCGUUGUUGUAGACGCGACAGUUGCCUUCGACAACCGUCUUGAAGCCUUCCAUAGCGCCCGGAGAUUAAAAAAAGAAAAGUACGCUGCUCUCCUCCCCCUUCUCAGAGAACGCUUCGAUGACGUCAAGAUUGAGGCUGUCGUUGUCGGCGCUUUGGGCACCUGGGACCCAGGCAAUGACCGGUUUGUUCGUCGAAUAUGUUCCAAGAAGUAUGCCACCUUAAUGCGAAAGUUAAUCAUAAGUGACACCAUCCGCGCUACUCGUGACAUAUACAUAGAGCACCUCACCGGCCUCCCGCAAAACGCAACACCAAAUCAAGAAUAA